AGCCCCCAUUGAUAGCUAAGUCUCAUUUUUUUUUUGAAGUAGGUUAUCUUUGAACUGUCUUGUUCAACUGUUAAAUUUUCCAAAAAAAAAGAAGAAGAAAAAUCUAUUCUUUUUCAAGUUUAUUCAUCUCUGAUCCUAAAUUUGGUUGAAAUAAUAAGUUUCAAGAAUACCCUUUUGCCAUCUUUGGAUUCUUGAAAAGCUUUAGUGUGAAGCAUUAAGUUUUGCUGACACCCUUUUGCAGAUUUUAUAUUCUUGAAAAGCUUUGAUCUUUUUUGUUUGUUUUGUGCUUCUGAAGCUGUAUGUUCUUUGUUACUACUUUUUAAGUCAAAUUUACGUUUUAGUAGUUUUUUUUAGGUAGAGUGGCUGCAGAUCUUAAAAGGGGUUCAAGUAAAUUAGUUGUUGGAAUCUUGAUCUUGAAAUGGAACCAGUAAGAUUCUUGUUGGGUAAGCAAUCGUCCCUUGCACCAGAAAAGGUGAUUGCGGCAGUGGAGAUUGAGAGUGAAGAUGGGGAGGAAGGGGAUGUUAUAGAUAUUGAUCCAAGGAUCAGGUUGAUGUAUUCUGCUAAUGAGGGUGAUAUAGAGGGGAUUAAGGAGCUUUUGGAUUUGGGCACUGAUGUGAACUUUCGAGACGAUGAUGAGAGGACUGCCCUACAUGUUGCUGCUUGCCAAGGUUACAGUGAUGUUGUGCAGCUGUUGGUUGAUAAUGGGGCUGAAAUUGAUUCCGAAGAUCGCUGGGGAAGCACGCCUUUAGGAGAUGCAAUACAUUAUAAAAAUCAUCAUGUGAUCAAGCUACUAGAGGAACAUGGUGCCAAGCCUCCUAUGGCUCCCAUGCAUGUCAACAAUUCACGUGAAGUUCCAGAAUAUGAGAUUGAUGCUAAAGAACUUGAUUUCACGAACAGCAUUGAAUUGGCCAAGGGAACCUUUCAUAUUGCCUCAUGGCGUGGAAUACAAGUUGCUGUGAAAAAGUUUGGAGAUGAUGAGAUUGCUGAUGAGGAUAAAGUGACGGCAUUCAGAGACGAGCUUGCACUUCUCCAGAAGAUUAGGCAUCCAAAUGUCGUCCAAUUUCUUGGUGCUGUAACACAAAGUAGCCCGAUGAUGAUAGUGACAGAAUACUUACCAAAGGGCGAUCUCCAUGCAUAUUUGAAGAAUGAAGAACCUCUUAGACCAACAAAAGCUAUCAGAUUUGCAAUAGACAUCGCAAGGGGACUGAACUAUCUACAUGAAAUUAGACCUGAAGCGAUUAUUCAUCGUGACCUAGAGCCUUCAAAUAUUUUGAGGGAUGAUACGGGACACCUGAAAGUUGCUGAUUUUGGAGUCAGCAAGCUAUUGAAAGUUACCAACAGGGUCAAAGAAGAUAAGCCUCUGACAUGUGAUAACACAUCUUGCCGAUAUGUAGCUCCAGAGGUUUUCAAAAAUGAGGAAUACGAUACCAAAGUUGAUGUCUUUUCCUUUGCUUUAAUUUUGCAAGAGAUGAUUGAAGGCUGCCCCCCUUUCAAAGCAAAGAAUGAAAAUGAAGUACCUAAACACUAUGCUGCUAAGGAGCGCCCUCCUUUUAAAGCUCCAGCAAAGUUUUAUGCCCAUGGACUGAAGGAGCUGAUUGAAGAGUGUUGGAAUGAGAAUCCGUCCAUGCGUCCAACUUUCAAGAAAAUAAUCCCAAGGCUCGAGGCCAUUUACAACAAAUUUGGCCACAAAAGGCGUUGGAAGGUUAGACCAUUGAAAUGUUUCCAGAAUUUCGAGGCCAUGUGGAAGAAAGAAAACUCAAGUUCAAGUAGGAAUGGAUCAUCGCGGUCAAACAGCAGCAUCUAGCAAAUUGCGGAUAUUUCAUUUGUUCAAGUGUGCAUAUGUUUCCUUCACAGAUUUCUGCCAAAGAUUUCAGUACUAGGAAGUUGUAUCACUUUUUCUAGCUUUAAAUCUCUAGAUGUCCAAAACAAAUGGUCAUCCUUUUUUUUUUCCUUGCCUCUUUCUAUUGAGAUCUAUAUUGUUUAUGUACAUUAUAGUAGAUAAAAUAUUCAU